GCUAAGCGAUUGGCCGCUCUAGACACUGGAGUAACCCUUGACUCUAUCUCAAUGGUGAAAGCAUCUCUCCUUGAUUGUGGUGGUCUUUGAAUAGUUUGGAAACGUCCUGGUAUUCUAGUGCAACUGGAAUAAUGUGCAUCUACUUCGCCACAUUUCAUGGUGCUAUGGCUAGGUAAGCUUCAUUUCUCUUUGCUAACAGCUCUUCUUCUUGAAUCAUCGAGAUCAUAAUGAAUCUACUAUGACAUUUAAUCUAAUGAUAACCUAAUUUUUGUUUUUUUUUGCAUGCAUAAGUGUCUUAAAGAUUAGACAAUUAUUACUAAUUAAAUUUGAUGAAAUCUCCUAAAAAGAUUUUUUUUUUAAACUUAUUUAGAACAUUUCAAGAAUACUCUACCCCUUUCCCUUUCUAUUAUGACCCUCUGGGUCAGAACCGGAGUGGCCUUUAACCUAGGUUCUUAUACCAAAUUGUAAUGCCCGUCCCCCAAAUCAUACUCUUGUGCCCUAACUUGAACAACAAGAAACACCUACAUACACUGAAAAGGAAAGAGGGAAAUGGGUGAAUAACACACAGUCAUUCAGUGAGGUUGGUCAUUUCUGCCCACAUGACUCCUAACAUUAUUAACCAACUUGCAUGCGAAAAUACUAGUCAUAGAACAUUCAUCACCCAACAUAUUAAGCAAUUAACAAACAUAACACAUCAUUUAUUUCAAUACACAUUCAUUAAUCGCAUUAACAUUUGUCAUCUCAUAACCAUUUCCAAUAUUAAUAAUAACAUGACAACUUAGGCUGGCCGUCACCUCGAAAGGUCGUACGCCACCUUGGGCUCGUCGGCUUUGACGGGAUCGCCAUGUCCUCGUCCCCAGUCCGACUUUCCACAUUUAAUAUUUACCUAACAACUUCAUCACUUAUCGCUUUAACAUUUAUCAACUAACAGAUCGUCAUCAACAUUAUCAUCACAAAUAAUCAUCAAACAAUCAAACAUACAAAAUUCCUAGCAUUCAAGAAUACAACUUGACUAAUAAUAAUAAAAGUCCACAGAUCGCACCCUCACCUUUGACUAAAGGUUUAAAGUGGGUUCUGAAACUAGCGGGUUGACACUCUGUUCUAGUGAUCUGAAACUGCGUUUGUGUUUGAAGCGAAUUAGGGUUUCUGGUUUUGACAGAACAAGAUGGUUCUUGUCCAGGAAGCAAUGCGAAUAAGUAUUUGUCCUUACCUCUAAACAAGAUAACGUUAACAGAUAUAGAUUACUUGCAGCUAGAUCUUUCCAGAGACACCUUGCUCGCGUCCUAACUCUCACUGGUUCACCGGGAAACUUUCUCACAAAACCCCUAUGUGAAACUGGAAUAACAGGUUUCAGACUUAGAAUUUCCGGAUUCAGAGAACAGAGAAUUUUCUCCAAACCGGGAAACUUUCUCACAAAACCCCUAUAGCUUCCAAUGUUCGGAAAACCCUAUACGGAUCCCAUUUACACUCCAAAGAUUUACCAAGACUAGUUUUCAUAAUUCUCUAUCUUACAUACAUAAUAAAAUACCUUAAAUAAUUAAUUAUUCCAAAUUCAAAAUAAGAACAAAUAAAAGGGAAAUUGCUAGUCGAAAUAUAACACAACACGUUGCUUAUACAGCUACAGUAAAACCUGUGUUCUUAUCUCUUACGUGGCAUGUUUACAUUAUAAUCAAUUACACAGUAAGUAAAUCUAAUUAAGUAUGUAUUUUGGUAACAUUAUCUAAAUAUUGCAUUUUCCCUUUUGUAAAUUGACUCUGUACACAAGUAAGACAUUUGGCAAGGAUGACAAAAAAACAGAAACAAAAAAGACACUUGGCAUACUAAAAAGUGAAGAUAAUAUGAUAUUUAUGGUAUACAUAUUGACCCAAAAGUGUUGAAUAAACAAAAUAUUGACCACAGAAAUUGGCGCAUCUUUUUCCAUAAGCUGACAGAUACACAGCACAUAUCUUUCACCUUCUGCGUCCUUAUAAAAAGCACCAUAGUCCAUACGGUUUUCAAACACAUUAGUUACAAUAGCAGCAACAUAGUGAGCGAAAUCAGGGGAGAAGAUGUUUGGAUUUGAAAACAUGAAGAUUUCCAGCAGUGAUGCAACCAACCCGGUCAUCAAUCUCGAUCAAGGAGAUCCGACGGCAUUCCAAGAGUAUUGGAUGAGUACGAAGAUGAAGGAGAGGUGUGUUGUGGUGAUACCAGGAUGGGAACUGAUGAGCUACUUUAGCGAUAAGACGAACGUGUGUUGGUUCCUGCGGCAAGAUCUUCCUAAGGCGAUCAAGGCGUUGCACCGUGAGAUCGGCAACGCAGCGACUGAAGAACGCUACAUCGUGGUGGGUAAUGGCUCUUCACAGCUUUGUCAAGCCGCUUUGUUUGCACUUUCUUCUCUCUCUGAGGACAAGCCUCUCAGCAUUGUCGCCGCGGUUCCUUACUACUCCACAUACGAGGAGGAGGCAUCGUAUGUUCAGUCGCAGCUGUACAAGUGGGAAGGAGACGCAAGAACGUUCAACAAACCCGGACCAUACAUCGAGAUGGUGACAUCACCGAACAAUCCUGAUGGGACCAUCAGAGAGCCGGUGGUGAACCGUGGGGGGAAAGUGAUAUACGACUUUGCGUAUUACUGGCCACACUACACUCCUAUCACUCACCGUCAAGACCACGACAUUAUGCUCUUCACCUUCUCUAAGAUCGCCGGUCACGCUGGGUCCCGCAUCGGGUGGGCGUUAGUGAAGGACAUAGAGGUGGCUAAGAAGAUGGUGCAAUACCUAACAAUCAACUCAAUUGGUGUUUCUAAGGAGUCGCAGAUUCGAGCCACCGUGAUCCUCAAUGAGCUCACCAAAAGUUGUCGCAUCAAAUCGGAGAGUUUCUUCGAGUAUGGUAACGAGAAGGUGAAGUCACGGUGGGAGAGUCUACGCUGGGUCGUAGAUAAGACCGGUGACACAUUCACUCUACCUGAUUACCCUCAAGCCUUUUGCAACUUCUUUGGCAAAAGCAGCUCAACUUAUCCUGCGUUUGCAUGGCUGGGGUGUAACGAAGAUAAGGAUCUCGAAAGUCUCUUGAAGGAAAAAUACGUUUUGACAAGAGGAGGAGAGCGAUGUGGCAGUGAUAAGAAGUACGUACGCGUCAACAUGCUUGGACCCAACAAAGACUUUGAGGACUUUCUCAACAGGCUUCUCACCAUCAAGUAUCCUAACUGCUUUGAGGGGAUCCCCUGCUUUGAGCCUUAAGUUAUUGUUUUUAUUAUUUUUUUUUUUGAAAAAGGGCAUAUUUUUUUAUUUUCCAUAUGACAUUUCCAAUAGUAAUGUUGAACACAAUGCUAUUGUGAUGUUUCCGUUUCUUCUGAAGUUUUAUUUUAUAAUAAUAAUUUAAAAGGUUUUUCUAUCAUUGAGUGUUAAAUUAAAAAUGUCAACUUUUCUAUAUGGAUAAGUAAUUUGAACGAAUUGGAUAAAAAUACGUAUAGAUUCAUCACAUGAUGAAUUUACCUUUUAUCAACCCUAGGCGCUAGUCGGGCGGUAACCCCGGACCUAGCAGUUACCGAAAAAUCGGAUAGUACUCGGGAAUUACGCGAGGCCUAGUUUUAAAUGCAAUUUAAUAUAUUUAUAAUAUAUUUAGCUAAUUUUAACCAUGAUUUUUGAUUUAAAACUGUAUUAUAAAUAUAUAUCAGAAGUUGUGAAUAUGGCGCUAGAACCAAAAGUAUCUUCGGUGAUGUAUAAAUUAUCAGAGGUUGUGAAUAUUGCCAAGCUUUCUCUAACAGGUAGAGCUCCACGGAAAAAUUUUCAUAGAAACAUCUUGAUCUUCGGUGCUGUAUGCAGUUUCCAAACUCCAGAGUUCCAGUCAAACGUCUCUGCAGGUUGUACCUCUUUCGGGUCUGUUGAGUUCUCUAGUGCCUUUCGGUAUCCUGACUUGGUCGUGUACUCUCCUGAUUCAGUUCCCAACCAGAUGAGCUUGUCUGGGGCGCCGGUUCUGCUCGACUUUAAGCUUAGGAUUCUGCUCUCUUCGUGCGGUAACAAGCUUCUUAUAGCCUCUCUGUUCCAGUCGGACCCAUCGGGUAAGAGGAGGCAGUCUACUGUGAGGUCCAAUUUAUUUGCCGGCGCUGGUCCCAUAGGUCUAGCUUUCUCUGUGUAGCUUAGCCAUGCAUCGCUCCAGAUUUUUAUUGACUUGCCAUUGCCCACGGCCCAUCCCGAGUUGUUGCAGAUAAGGUCUCUGCCAAUUAAAAGUCCCCGCCAGCCGUGAGACUUCACUGAUUUGUGUGUGGCCUGCAGGAAAGAGGUUUUUGGGCAAUAUUUUGCCAUCAGAACCCGACUCAAAAGGCAUGAUGGGUUGUGGAUUAAUCUCCAGCUGAGCUUUGUUAGAAAAGCAUCGUUGAAGCUCUGGAAAUCCUUAAAAUUCAAGCCUUCUUUGACCUUUGGUUGGGUCAUUUUAUCCCAAGAGACCCAAGCCAUUUUCCUAUUUCCAUCCUUAUCCCCACACCAAAAGCGUGUCAGCACAGAUUGUAUCCGUUGGCAUAGGGAGACGGGUAGCUUGAAACAGGUCAUGGAGUAGGAAGGGAUAGGGGUCAGCACACUGUGGAGCAUGACCAUCUUCCCGGCUGGUGAAAGAUACCUGUUCGACCAUCCGCUCGCUUUAACUUGUAUUUUGUCUACUAUCGAGGAGAAUAGGUCCUUCUUCUUCCUUCCAAAAUGUUCGGGUAGACCGAGAUACUUUCCUAAGCCCCCCCCCCCACCUUCUGGAUAUUCAAUAUCGCUUUCAUCUUUGUCUUCAGUGUGACCGGAGUCUUGCGGGAGAAAGUAACCGACGACUUUUCUGUGUUUAUGGACUGGCCCGAUGCAGUUUCAUACCGGUUCAGGAUGGUUUUUAGUGCUGAUGUGCUCUCCUCGUUUGCUCUAGUGAAGAACAUCGUAUCAUCCGCGAAGAGGAGGUGGUUUACGUGUGGGCUUCCCCGUGCCACUCGAACCCCCGUCAUUUCUCCACUUUCUUGUGCUCGGUUACACAACCCCGAGAGAACUUCCCCACAUAGAAUGAAGAUAUAUGGUGAAAGGGGGUCUCCUUGGCGGAUUCCCCUACUCGGUUUAACUCUUCCUCUAGGCGAGCCGUUAAUGAGAAAGGCGUAGGUCACUGAUGAGACACACUCCAUAAUCCACUUUACCCAUGUCGGAUGGAAUCCCAAUCUUUCAAGGACAAGUUGGAUAAACUCCCAUUCAAGCCUGUCAUAAGCUUUGCUCAUGUCCGUCUUAACGGCCAUUGAGCAAAUUUUUUCGGCUUUGGAGGUUUGGAGGUAGUGGAGAACAUCGUGGGUGAUCAACACAUUGUCGGAGAUCGCUCUCCCGAGAACAAAAGCGGAUUGAUUUUCUGAGAUGAUAGAGGAGAGGAGAGGCUGAAGUCUCUUCGUCAAGAUCUUGGAUAUGAUCUUGUAGUAGACAUUGCACAGUGCUAUCGGCCUAUACUCCGCCACUGUUUGAGGGCUGUGAACUUUCGGGAUUAAGCGAACAAACGUUUCAUUGAUCUUCGCUGGAAGCUUUGCAGAGACAAAGAAGUCUUGUAUCUCGUCUACAAUAUCUCGCCCAAUCGUUUCCCAAUUGGAAUGGAAAAAACCAGCCGAGAAGCCGUCCGGUCCCGGUGCUUUAUCCGCGUGGAUCGAAAACACCGCAGCUCUGAUUUCUUCAGUAUUCGGGAUCUGUAUCAACCUCUCAUUUUCUUCGUCUGAUACUUUUGGUUCUAGCGCCAUAUUCACACCGAAGCUCUAAUAUGCUGCAUUGAAAAGGGAAUCCUUCAUGUAUACUGCGAGUCAGACUCCCUCAAACUGGUUAAAACGCUCAACAAAGGACCUCUGACGGCGGAACUGUAUGGCAUUGUUGCUGAUAUACUCUGUUUAUCAGAAGCCUUUGAAUCUAUUUCUUUUGUUUGGAUCAAAAGUUGUAAGAAUAGAGAUGCUGAUGCUCUGGCAAAGCAGACUCUCUGGAAUGAAUCCUCUGUAAUGGCUCCCCUGAAUUUUGGAGUUUAAGUUUUAAUGAAAAGUUUGUGUUACAAAAAAAAAAAAAAACAUGAAGACACAUGUUCUUAGAUACAAUUAUAUAAUUUUUUAUAUACAAUUUUAGACAACUUAUUUUUUAUUCGUCGAAUAUUUAGAUUAUGGUGUGGUUGGUACGAAAAAUCCCUUUAAUGAAGUAAUUAUGUGUUUGUUUUGGAUUUGAUAGCUAAUUAUAAUUAUUUAGUAAUGAAUAAUCAAACUGUGUCUCAACUUUUAAACAGACGGAAAAAAAAAACUUAGACGGUCUAAACGAAAAUUAGGUGGUUAACGCAGAAAUUAAGCGGUCAACGCGGAAAUACGCCUAGCUAUACCGAUUUGUGAAUAUUCGCAGCAGUCAAACUCUGAAUAACCCAUAAGCGGCAGCGUUUUUAAGCAUGGCCUUUUAUGGUAUAAAAAUGAUACCUCCGUAAAAUAAUAAUUUUAUAAUUGAAGUGUUGAAUCAACUCAAUUUUAUAGUUUAACACUUUUGAGGCCUUAAGUCAGUGUAGAAGUUUGAAAAAAAAAAAAAAAAAAGUCAGUGUAGACGUGGCUGUACCCUAUUGGUGGUGAACCGAAAGUAUAUUUAAUCUGAAGAAGAAGUUGAAACAUGAAUAAUCUCCGCCACAUUUAUUCUCACAGAAGGGAGCAUAAAAAAUGAUUAGAUAUUGUUGAAGAAGAGUUUUUGUCUGAAAAAUCGCGUUCGUCCAUUUAAGUGGCUCUGCUGCUUCCUUCGUUAAGAAGCCACAUGAUCGGAUCCAAAUCUAUUUCAGACACACAAUUGUAAUCUGCUUCAGGAAAAAAAAUUUAUUAAGUUUUUUUUUUUUUUUAAAGUGGCACACUUUAGCGUUCAAUACAAUCCCUACCUACUCGUGUUCUUGCGGAACGUGAGACUCUUCAGAGUCACAACAU